AUGGCUCCAUUUGAGGCUCAGUAUGGGAAGAAAUAUUGUACUCCAUUGUACUGGGACGAAGUAGGUGAGCAGCAUAUCCUUGGACCGAAAUUGAUCCAAGCAACCUAUGAGAAGGUAGACUUGAUCCGCGAGCGAAUCAAGGCUGCCCAGUCUAGGCAAAAGGCCUAUGCAGACCAAAGACAGAAGGAUCUAGAAUUCCUUAUUGGUGACAAGAUUGGACAUGUGGCUUAUCGGCUAGCGCUCCCACCAUCCUUGGAUGGCAUGCAAGAUGUCUUUCACGUGUCUAUGUUGCGAAAGUAUGUUCAUGACCCUAGCCAUGUUCUAUCCCAGGAACCACCAGAGCUGGCAGUAGAUAUGUCUUAUAAAGAACAACCUAAGAAGAAUUUGGACAGCAAGGUGGUGAAUCUCCACAAUAGACCUAUUUACUAUGUGAAAGUGAAGUGGUGCAACCACACAGAAGAAGAAGCCUCCUGGGAAGCCGAGGUGGAAAUACGAGCAAAGUACCCUUCCCUUGGAUUCCUACAAGGGGAUGGUUACUUGGCUAGCUUAGAGGUUCAGUCGGCGGAGUAUGAUAGUAUCGGCGCAGAGGAGCCUGAGUACGUGUCAGAGGAACACGGCGAUGGUUACCUCUGUGAUGGUUGUGCAUAUGGGCAUUGA